AUGAAUGAUUCGCGAGUUAUCGAGAUCGCCUCAGAGCUGUAUGCUGACGCUCAAGCGCUGAAGCAAACAGGAGCUUCAGACUCAGCAGAGGCGGUAGCUAUUCGUGAGCGAAUCCUCGACAGUGCCUUUGAGAUCUACAACCUUUCGCUGGACCCAGCGGAGCUUCUCAGGACUCACGCUUCGGUAGACAGAUCCCCCUUCCUUACCCUCACCAUCUCCGCCCAACCCCACCAAAGAUCACAGCUAACUAGGUACCUACCCAUCCAGCACGCCAAUCUCAUAACCCUCCACUUCAUCCAACGCUUCCAAAUCGCCAACAUAAUCCCGCCCGACUCCGGCCUCACCUACGGCGCCAUCGCCACCGCCAGCGGGCAGUCCGAACAAACAAUCCGCCGCAUCCUCCGCCACUCCAUCGGUCUCCUCAUCUUUCGCGAAUCCCCCCCUUCCCCCUCCUCAGCAAACACCACCCCCCUAAUCCACCACACCCCCGCCUCCCUCCUCCUCCGCACCCCCUCCUUCAACGCCUGGAUAGCCGCAACCUGCGAAGAGAGCUGGCCCGCCGCAACGCGCACCGUAGACGCGCUAGCGACCUUCCCCGCCGCCUCCGAACCGUCGGAAAGCGGGUGGGCGCUCGCGCAUUCCUCUAACCGACCUAGCGAACCUAGCGAACCUAGCGAUGACGACGCCUCACAAUCGCCCCCAAGACAAUCGUUAUACGAUGCCAUAGCGAACGACCCCGCCCGCGCAGCUCGCUUCGCAGCUGGUAUGGCGGCGUACUCCAGCGGGCCGGGGUACUCGCCCGCGCAUUUCCUGGGCGCGCGCGGGGAUAUGCUGGCGGAGUUGCCGGCCGGGUCGGUGUUUGUGGAUGUGGGGGGUGGGCUGGGGCAGUUUGCGCGCGCGGUGAGGGGGAGUGUGCGGGGUGCGCGGGUGAGGUUCGUGGUGCAGGAUUUGGAGGGGGUUGUUUGUAGAGCUAGUAGUGAGCCGGUAGACGGUUCAUUAGGAGAUGGGGAGGGAGACGGAGAGGGGGAAGGAGGGAUUGUUUUCCAGGCCCAUGAUUUCUUCGAACCGCAGCCGGUGAAAGGGGCGGAGGUUUAUUUCCUGCGCUGGAUUCUGCAUAAUUGGAGCGAUAAGUAUGCGCUUCGGAUUCUGCGGAAUGUGGGGUUGGCGAUGGGGGAGAGGUCACGGUUGGUUAUACAUGAUUACUGCGUUGAGGACCUCGAUCGGCUUUCUUUGCGGGGGAGGCGGGCUGCUACGAAUAUGGAUAUUGGGAUGAUGCAGUUGUUGAAUGCCCAGGAGCGGGAUGAGAAGCAGUGGAGAGAGCUUCUGGCGAAAGCAGAUCCGAGGUUUCGGUGGAUUGGCGUUACUAGACCGCCGGGAAGUGCACUUGCUAUCAUUGAGGCAUCGUGGGGGGAGGAGUAG